UUGAUACUCUGACAACAAUGCGCGUCUUAUAAUCACAUAAAAUACUUUGAUGGACAUAAAUAUUCACGAUAUAAAUUUGUAAAUUAUGUAAUGUACAUAUUUGUAGUGGUUUGUGCACACACUAUUUCAAGACUUAAGUCCAUAGCGAUUGCGAAUAUCCAGUACUCAAUAGUCGUUAGAUCCCUCGCUAUCCACAGCUCACUCGUAAGAGGUUAGGUAAUGAACUAUUGCCUUUAGUUCAUGCUUAUAAGGUAGUAUUAUAAGAAUUCUGGUUGUUUAAAGGAUUUAUUUAAACGUCAAAAUCUGCCUGUUUGACAAAGUGUUAACACACAACUGAUUAUAAUCAAUCGCAUCAAUAAUGUUCAAAAAAGAGUUCCGAAUUAAAUCGAGUACUCCACUAAAAGGCGCCGAUCAAAAGAAACUGAAAUCAACAAUUUGCAAAUGUUUUAACUUAACCAAUGAAACGCUGGAUGAAUUUUUAAAUCAUAAGCAAUUGUCACUGUUGAAAGUUAUUACCUAUACUAAUGACAUAAUCAAAAUUUAUUGUGCUCAAGAAGUUGCGUUAGUUUUCGAUCAUAAAGGAAAAUAUUAUCCUACAUUAUUUAUGGUUUGGUCAUUUCCUCACAUUGUCCCCAGAUUAAUAUUACACGAGGAUUUGAAAUCCAAAAUCAAUGAUUCAGCCCAACUAAGUAUAAAAGAUAUAACUUCUAUAAAUAAUGAUCAUCUACUAAUUCAGUUGCCUGUUGAUCAGUGUGUGAGUAUAUGUACCAACUCUUGUGAAAAAAUUAUUGCUAUUGGAUACUUGAUCAUUGAUGGCAAUACUAUAAAAGACCAUGAAAAAAACAAAGAUAUAUGUUUGAAAGUAUUACAUUUCCACAAAGAUGAACUUUUCAAAUCCAACAUGAUAAACAUUAUCCCUGAUGUAAUUUUGAUGAUGGAGCGUUCUUUUAAAAAUGCUCCUGAAGUAAAAGAUGAUUUACCUAAUCAGUUAGAAGAAAACCAAACUGUUAUUGAAAAAAUGGAUGAAUUGCUAAUGACGUGUUCUUUAAAAGCAUUAAAAUAUUGUAUUAAAAAAGAAAUGUUGCCAAUUUUAGCUAGUACAUUUUAUAAGAAAUAUGUUAUGUCAUUUUGUCCUGAAGGAAUAGAACUUGAUAUUAAAAAAACUAGUUUCAAAAAGUUAUCGACAUUUUUACAGUUAUUGGAUGUAGAACAUAUAAUCAAAUUUAAUGUUGGUAGUAAUGGUAUUGCUGAAAUAACCCAGGUAAAUCAUAGUAAUAGCAAAUUUCAAGAAAUAAAUAUGGAAGAAAAUCCUGAAUUGAAAGAAAAUAAUGAUCAAUAUACAACUCCAGUAAAAGAAAUUUAUAUAGUGACACCAGGAUUACAACCUAUAUUCUCUGAAUUUCUUUGUCGGAAAGGAGAUGAGUUACCAUUAUCAUCUAUUCGAAGAUAUGUUACAGAGUAUAUUAAAAAAUAUGAAUUGCAAGAUAAAGCGGAUCCUUCGAUAGUGAAUACAAAUGAUGUCUUAAAAAAAAUACUAUCACAAAGAAAAGAUAAAUCUUCAAUAACCUUUAAAGACUUAAUUGAAGAAGUGACAAAACUAAUGCAUCGGACUGAAAUAUCAGUCUUAAAUACAGAUACCAAAAAAAAUUUAAAGAAAAAAAUUAAUAAUAUCGAAAUGACUGUCAAUAAUCGAAGUGGAAACAAAAAGGUAACUCUAGUUAAUAAUUUAGAGCUAUAUGGUGUCGAUGUUUUAAAAUUUAGUAAAGAAUGUCAACAUGGUGUAGCUGCCAGUACAACUAUCAAUGAUAUUCCAAAUGCACAAAAUAGACAAGUCCAAAUUCAAGGCUCCCAAGUUCCUUUUGUGUAUAAAUUAUUAACAGAUCAAUAUAAAAUUCCUGUCAAAUUUAUAAGAGGACAUGAAACUUAUAUCAAGAAACAAAAAAAAUAGUUUUUUUUUUUGAAUUUAAUAAAAAAAAAAAAUGAAAAAAAUUGAUUUCUUUUAUUCUUCUAAAGCUAUAAAAUAAUGUAUUAACUACUGUAUUUAAAUUUAUAUUAUUAUUAUGAUCUCUUUAAUUCUUAUGAAUUGAUAAGAUAUAAGAAUAGAAAUAUUUUAUUUUUAAUGAUUAUAUAAAUUUAUUGCUGAAUGAUCUUUCAUUUAUAUUUUAAUAUUAGUAUUUUCAAAAAUAAUCAAAUUCCCUAUAUAUAUUAAGUGCAAAUCAUUAAAAUUUUUCUUUUUAUAAAAAUUAUUAAUUAUUACUAUAGUUAUUUUCCUAACACAUAACACUAAAGUUUACUAAUUCCAGUGGCGUAAUUAUAGGGGGGAUAUAUCCCACCCCAGACGCUUUGUUUUAAAGAAUAACCAUAAUUAAAUUACCAUAAGCACUUAGCUUUAAAAGAUUUUAAAAUAAGAAAUAAGAAUAUGGAUAUUAUCAAAGUUGAGAUUUUUUUUUAUUUUACUAAUUUAAAACUACGAUAGCUCAACAAUUACAAUAUGUAUAUGAUAAGAAAAUUGUAUAGCUCUUAGUUAAAAGAUAACACUGAUAAAAUCUACAACGUACAACUUGUUAUUAUUUUUAACUAAAACUUUUUACAAAAAUAAAUCAUAUGAACGUAGUAUAGACUAGUAAUGAAUGAAAACAUAAUAUUAUUUAUUCUGUAGUAUAAAGUAUUAACUAUUUUUCGAAUAUUAUAUUACUAUAAACCACAGACUAAGAUAUCUUAAUCUGUGCUGUAAACCUUGAGCAACAGUACAACACCAAUAUCUAUUAUAAUUACUAUAAUAAAACGAGUAAUAAUUAUGAACUUUUAAUAACUUAAAUACUUAAUAGGAAAGCUUGAAUGGACUUAUGAUGAUUAUAGCAUCAGGAACAUUAAGUUGAACCCCGUUACGUACUGGAUAUUUUUUUUGAAAAAAACAAAAAGGAAAAUUGACUUGAUAUUAUAAUUUAAGAAAAAUAUAUUUAAUUUAAUUUAA